AGUAGCAGUAGUAGUAGUAGUAGUAGGAGUAGGAGUAGUAGUAGUAGGAGUAGCAGUAGUAGUAGGAGUAGCAGCAGCAGCUGUAGUAGUAGUAGUAGUAGUAGUAGGAGUAGCAGUAGUAGUAGUAGUAGUAGUAGUAGUAGUAGUAGUAGUAGGAGUAGCAGUAGUAGUAGUAGUAGUAGUAGGAGUAGUAGUAGGAGUAGUAGUAGUAGUAGGAGUAGCAGUAGUAGUAGUAGUAGUAGUAGGAGUAGGAGGAGUAGUAGUAGUAGUAGUAGUAGUAGUAGUAGGAGUAGCAGUAGUAGUAGGAGUAGCAGCAGCAGCUGUAGUAGUAGCAGCAGUAGUAGUAGUAGUAGUAGUAGUAGUAGUAGUAGUAGGAGUAGCAGUAGUAGUAGUAGUAGUAGUAGUAGGAGUAGUAGUAGUAGUAGUAGUAGUAGUAGUAGGAGUAGGAGGAGUAGUAGUAGUAGUAGUAGUAGUAGUAGUAGUAGGAGUAGCAGUAGUAGUAGGAGUAGCAGCAGCAGCUGUAGUAGUAGCAGCAGUAGUAGUAGUAGUAGUAGUAGUAGUAGUAGUAGUAGUAGUAGUAGUAGUAGGAGUAGCAGUAGUAGUAGUAGUAGUAGUAGUAGUAGUAGUAGUAGGAGUAGCAGUAGU